AUGGCGUCCUCGGGUAACGUGGUCAGCCUCCUUGAAAACCUGGCGCAGAGGACGCAAACUGCGGCGGCGCAAAUCACCAGGUUCCUGAGUGAAUCCCAUACAAACGGCCAAGUUGGCGAUGGACAGCCUGGCUCCUUCGACAUCCCGCUCGGCGCACCCCCAGAAAUCAACGCGGCAAAGGCGUCGCUGCUCGAAUCCACCAUGCUGAUACAACAGCUGGUCAUGUCCGCCACGGACGUUCAGCAACAAAUGACCCUGUACACGCAGCAGAUGGCGGCGGUUCGUUGGAUCUGUCGGUUCGAUGUCGCGACACACGUUCCCUCCUCGGGGACCGUUUCCUAUGAAACCUUGGCCGCCGCCGCCAACGUGCCUCAGGGCGAACUCAUGCGCAUCGCCCGCAUGGCGAUGACGGCAGGUUUCUUCCAGGAGCCCGUUCAAGGUCAGAUCGGACACACGCUCACUUCUCGGGAGCUGAGAUCCUCGUCCCCCGUGCACGACACUUUCCUCUUUAUGAGUGAGACGGGACAUGCGGUUGUGAGCAAAAUGCCCGAGAUGACCGAAGCCAACCUCAAGCUUGGUCCCGGGGCGAAACCCAAAACGGCCUUCAACAUCGCCAUGAACACCGACAUGCCGUUUUUCAAGUAUAUCAUGUCGAACCCCUCUCUGGCAAAACAACAGGCUGCGCACAUGAAGACCAUCGUCGCCGCCGAGGAGUCCCAUAUUCGACAUACAGUCAGUGGCUAUGAUUGGGGCUCCCUCCCGCAGGGGGCAAAGAUCGUCGACAUGGGCGGCUCGACAGGCCAUGUCAGCAUCGCCAUUGCACGGGCUUUUCCUCGUCUGAAGUUUGUAGUGCAGGACCUCCCACAAGUCCUAUCGCAGGCACCAUCGGUUCCGGCAGAGCUGCGAGAUCGGGUCGUGUUCGAAGCGCACGACUUCUUCCAGCCACAGCCAGCCAGCUGUCAGGGCGCGGACGUUUUCUUCAUCCGACAGUGCCUGCAGAACUGGUCUGAUGGCGACGCCGCCAAAAUCCUGCGCACGCUUCUGCCGGCCAUGGACAAAGACCGAUCCAGAAUCGUGAUCAUGAGCGUCGUGCUGGCGAGUCCCAGUGACGCGGGAGUCGGACAACGAGAGAAAGGCAUAAGUCGGAUGAGAGACCUCUUCAUGAUGCAAGCCAUGGGCGGUGGCGAGAGGGACCUCGCGCAAUGGAACGCGAUAGUCAAUGAGGCCGAUCCUGGAUUGGAGAUUGUACGUGUGAACAAGCCACACGGAAGCGUUUUGAGUGUCCUUGAGGUCAGAUUCAAAAUCUGA